AAUGGCUUCCUUUGGAUGGAAGAGAAAGAUUGGUGAGAAGGUUUCCAGGGUCACUUCCCAGCAGUUUGAAGCCGAAGCUGCUGAUGAGAAGGAUGUAGUUGCGAAUGAUGAAGGGAACUGGGCUCAUGCCAUUAAACGUAAGAAAGAAAUUCUCCUUGAAGGUUGUGCUGAGAAGAGUAAGCAGCUGAAGGAUGAAGGAGCCAAUUUGGCUGAAAAUAAAAGGUAUCGGGAGGCACUUCAGAAGUGGGAUGAAGCGCUUCAAUUAACCCCAAAUGAUGCUACCUUGUAUGAGAUGAAAUCACAGGUUCUCAUGUCUCUUCAUGAAAUGUUCCCAGCAGUGCAUGCAGCAGAAAUGGCUGUCCAGAGAAAUCCACACUCUUGGGAGUCAUGGCAGACUUUGGGCCGUGCUCAGCUUGGCUUAGGAGAGAUAGUCUUGGCAAUUCGAAGUUUCCAAGUAGCCCUUCACAUCUAUCCAAUGAACCCUGAGAUAUGGAAAGAAGACCUUUCCUGGGCAAGAACACUCCAGGAGCAGCAGAAGGUUGCCCAGAGGCUGGAACAAAGGGAAGCACCAGCAGAAGAAACACACCUCUCACCAAAGUCGAUUCCUGACUAUGACUUCGAAAGUGAUGAGAUUGUUGCUGUUUGUGCGGCUAUUGCUGAGAAACAGAAGACCAUUUCAGCAAACAAGACCAUGGUGAUUGUAUCUGCUUCAGGGUCUGUAGAGACUGUAAGUGAGAAAGAGGAUUGCACUGCCACACCCGAUGGUUCUGUUUUUAUCAAAGCCCGAUGA